GCUAUUAUCAACGCGAUCACAAUACCGUCGUCUUAUCGUGGAGUGAUGUUUAAAAAAAAAUCUAAUGAAGUAAUGAGGUUGGAUUUAGCCUCUCAUGUUUUUAUUUAUUUAAUUAUCUAUUUUUAAUUCCAACCGCUUUUAGAAUGCUUUAAGUCUUAACACAAUUUCGAUUGUCAACAAACACGCGAUGCUAUGACGGUUUCAAAACAUUCAAGAUCCGGAUAAUGUUCCAGGUACACAAGUGCCUUAAAUUCCUCUGGUUUUGACUCAUUAAAAUGGAACCAAAGCGAUCUAGACUUCCAGUGACUUGGACUUUGAGACCAGUAUUGCCAGAUAAUGUAACGACUGACAGUAUUAUCACAGUAAAUGUGUUUGUUGACUCUAUUAUUAAUCGAACCUCCACUAGCAAAAUCGUCAAAAGCCUUGGACAAUUGUCUGUUAUAAAUUCUUUGACUCAUCUAAAACGCGUUAAUAAUCAAAUGAUCAUAUUAAUGUUAGCCAACGAUUUAAAUCCAGAUCAGUGUGUGGCAGAGUUGAAAAACAAAGGAUUUGAUUUUGAUGGCCUAUCAGGCCGACCUAAGAUUGUACCAGUCCCGGCGUACAUGCCUAAAACCUGUAGCCAGAACCUACAAGCUCGUAAGUUGUGGCCAUGCAAUUUUCAUCCAGACAAACGACUGGAGUCAAUAUUGAGUGGUGAAUACUUUAAUCAACUUCAACUUGUCACUAUUGACCGAUACAUGAAGACGGCGUUGUCAUGUGCAGUUGGUGGAGUAGGUGCGGUUGUAGUCGAUCCCUCGAAUGAUCUAAUUGUUGCGCAAAGUGGUGAUUUCCGUGUCGAACACCCUGUAAAGCACGCCAUCAUGUGUGUGGUGGAUAAAGUGGCCAACGUUCAAGGAGGCGGUGCAUGGAACUCUUCGUCUACUUUGGCUAAAACAUCUAGUGUCUCUACUACUGAUGACAAGACUGGGCCAUAUUUAUGCACAGGAUACGAUGUAUAUGUAACCAAAGAACCAUGUGUGAUGUGUGCGAUGGCAUUGGUGCAUAGCAGAAUUAAAAGGGUAUUUUAUGGUUGUGCGAAUGACAAUGGGUCUGGAGGCUUAGGUGGAUCGGUCAAUAUACAUCUCCUCAAAGGAAUAAACCAUCGAUUUGAAGUUUUUGCCGGUGUCUUAGAAGAAGAAUGCAAAACUGCAGCAUUGGAAUUGCAUACAAAAAGUGUUGCUCAGAACACGAAACACACUGAAUAAUGAAUUGUGAAAUCUGCCUAUACAAAUUAAAUCGACGCAAAUAUUUGUCUAAAAUAUUAUUACAUUUUUAUAAUUUUUAUAUAUUUUACCAAUGUAUUUCUUUUGUAUCCAAUAUUCAGUUUAAUGGUAAAUUAAAACCUACAAAACUAUAUGUAUAUUAUAAUA